GUCUUAAACGACGUCUUAGGAAGGACUUGCAGUGAAACUUUACCUCACGCCAAGUUGGACUUGGUUAAACUUUUUCAUAAUAUAUUAAUAGAAACAAGACUAUUCAAGACUCGAGAGAGUUUAAAUAGAAAACGAAUUAGUUGUGUAUUCAAACCAAGGAAAGAAAACGAGAGAGGUACGUAGAAGAAAAUGGCUGCCUUAUCAGAGAAAGAGGCUGAAGCUUAUCUCGACGCAAGGCCUAGAUAUCCGAUCGAUUGGUUUAAGAAAAUUGCCGCACGGACACAGGACCACAAAUUUGCUUGGGAUGUUGGAACUGGUAAUGGUCAGGCUGCUAUUGGGCUUGUGGAGCAUUACGAGAAUGUAGUGGCUACCGAUAUAAACGAAGCACAACUUCAACGAGCAAUCAAACACUCAAGAAUCAGUUACCAUCACACUCCAACAACGAUAUCAGAAGAUGAGAUGGUGGAUCUACUCGGGGGAGAAAACUCCGUGGAUCUCAUAGUUGCUGCUCAAGCUGUCCAUUUCUUCGACCUCAACGUAUUUUACAAUGUUGCAAAACGUGUUCUUCGUAAAGAAGGAGGCCUAAUCGCCGUUUGGGUAUACAACGAUAUCAUUAUCUCGCAUGAGAUCGAUCCCAUAAUGAAGCGCCUUGUCGACUCUACUCUACCUUUUAGAACUCCUAUUAUGAAUUUAGCAUUUGACGGUUACAAGACAUUGACAUUUCCUUUUGAGACCAUAGGGAUGGGUUCCGAAGGAAAGCCUAUUACUCUAGACAUUCCGCAUAAACUUUCGCUUAAAGGGUUUAUAGGGUUCUUGAGAUCGUGGCAGCCCGCGAUGAAGGCUAAGGAAAAAGGAGUAGAGCUUAUAAAUGAAGAUCUAAUAACCAAAUUUGAGGAGGCUUGGGGUGAUGAAACCCAAGUGAAAGAUGUUUUCUACAAGGCUCACAUGAUUGUUGGAAAAAUUCCGGAAGAAAAAUUCGAAUCUGAUCAAGUACUGUCUAACAAAGGUCGUCUCUUGCUUGAAACGGAGGUUGGGAGAAACCAGAAAAGACCACAACCAUCCGAUGAAGGAGACAGACAAAGUAAGAAACAAAAUACAAGUGAAGAUGACGCAUGCAAAGAUAAACCAUCGUCAGUUUUUAGUACUCAUUACAGGUUUUAACCAAAAAUAGAUAUUAAACCAUUUGAGAAAGCAAUAACUCUUAUUUGGAUAUCAGUUCAUUAUUCCGUAUUAAAGCCGUUGGUUUUUGUACAACUGAGUAAUAAAGUUCAUGUUGAGUAUGUCAAUUAUUGGAUUUGGGAGUUCCAAAGAAAAUUUUGAAGACUUUAUGUAAAAUGGAAACAUCUGGUGGCGAAAAGAAAUGAAAAUUGGAGUUUCCAUUCACCAUACACAAAACAAA